UGGAGCAUAUCACAGUGAUUGCUAGCAUGAGCUAAUGGUUGCGGCUGGAUUGUUUUUGUUUUCUCUCAUGUACACAAAGUUACUUUAUUCAGUUGAGCUUCUAUGUUGUGUGUUUAGUGGAAGAUUUCUCUGAGCUUCAUUAACACCUUGCUGACUGAGAACAUGAAGGGGGGGGGAGGGGGAAAGCGUGGACAAAGAAGCUUUGUUUUGGUCUGAGAUGCUGCCACAUCUAGUAGCAAUAAUAAUCAUUUACAGAACCUUUAAACACUUGAUGUUUAUCAGAGGGGUCUUUAAAAUGUGUUUUAGUAAUGUCAACCAGAAUUAAAUUCCUGACGUGAACAGUCCUGAAAAGUUUUUACAAAAUAAACACCAAUAUUCUUUAUAAAUAUUUCAUAGUUGUUCCUUUGUUUCACACAUAAACAAUGUCUUUUUUUGUUUUUUCUUCUUCUUCUUCCAUGUUUCGCCUUGACAGACAUUAAAUAAACAGUCAAACUGGUCAGGCUAUUUUCUGUGUCUUAUGAUGAUGUGACGGUGGCGGUGGGAGAGGGAGGGGCUGGGAGGCAGGCAAACACACACACACACACACACACACAGAGAGAGAGAGAGAGAGAGGCAGACGGCAGCGACUACAGGGAAGAUGGAGGACUGUGUGUCGGCGGCGGAGCAGACCUCCAGCCUGCAGCUACAUCCCCGCUGAAAGCAGAGGCAUGAGAAACAUCAGAGAACCUGAAACUUCAGCUGGACAUCAAACCGACACAGACGAACACCUUACAGCUGCUAACAGAAGUCUCCUCCUCAAAGCCCUCGCCCCGACCUCAGAGAGGUGCCUGCUGAUGAUGGACUCCUAAAGCCUUUCUCCGACACCACUGAAUCAACCAGAACCAGACAGCCAUGAACCCCCAGGAGAUGGAGCUCGGCCAGGAAGUGAUGGAGGAAACCGACGCCCCUCCUCACCAUCGCCACAACAACCACAACAGCCGGUCCCGUAACCACAGCAACCAGGAAAACCCGUACAGACGCUGUGAAGCCCCGGCUGGAGGAAGCGCUGGCGGCAGAGCCAGGGCGACACAACAGCGUAGGCCACAGGAGGAGCAAGAUAUGGAGCUGCAGUAUGGAGCUCAGUCCCCACAACCCCAACAGCCCCAACCCAUUCCUCGACCCGCAGUGACACGUUAUCGCAGACAGGGGGACAGCGAGGCCCGGAUCCGAGCCCAGCAGCAGAGGCACAGACAGAGGCAGCAGAGGGAGGCAGAGAGAGCACAGCACUUAGCACAACAACAGGAAAAGCAACACCACGCAGAGAUGACCCAGGAGGAUGAACGAGAGAGGGACGACUCAGUGCUGGCCCGCUCUGCUAGCACCGAGAGCGGCUUCCACACCCACACUGACCGAGCCGAGGGGGACGAUGGCCUGGUCAUGAUGUCUCUGGAGCCUGAGGGGCAGCCAGAGGCAGAGGACGAGGCGGGGAACUACGGAGUUCAGCUACGGCCAGAAGCGGAGGGGUACUCUGAGAGUGCCGAGGCUGAACAGCAACAUCUCCAUCCACAUCUAUCCAACUAUCCUCCUCAGACCCCACCCCUGCCUGAUAUCCAGAACCCUCAGAGAGAGGAUGAAGCAGAGGGGAUACUGAACGCUGGCUACUCCAACUACGUCUACACCCAGCCCCUCAGCCACUCCGGGGGGAGGGCUGACGUCUUGGUCGGUCAGAGCUUGGAGAGUUUAGAUACUGGACUUGCGGAUGAAGCCUAUUCUGAGCCAUAUGACAUUUACUCACUGUCUGAGCAUGUUUACGAGGAGAUCUGUGAUGCUCCAACGUCAGUUUCAUCUGCUGCGGAGGGGGCUGGCGAGCCAGAGUCUCUCCAACAGAGGAGGGCUGGCUUUCGGCUGCUGGAGAGCAGGGCCGGAGGUGGCAACUACCAUCAGCAGGAGGCGGUGGGCUCCCGCCUGCGCCAUUACGAUGAGCGCUCAGAUGGCGAGUCAGACAGCCCAGAGAAGGAGGCGGAGUUUGCCCCGUACCCCCGUGCAGACAGCUGUGAGCAGGAGGAAGACAUUGACAGCAUUGUGGCUGAGGUCAAAGAAAGCCUGAGCUCUCAGAGUCUUCAUCAUUGUGCAGAAGACACCAUUGAUGAAGAAAAUGAGCUAACACAGGAAGAAGAAAAACCCCAACCAGAGUCCCAGGCCAACUCCGAUAAAAACCACAAAGCUGCCAACCGAGGGAAGCCAGCCCGAAAACAGGCAGUGAGUCCUUCAGAGGAGCCUGUAGCAGUGAGGAACAGUCAGGAGAAGAGGGAUGCCAUAAGUCUGGCCAUCAAGGACAUCAAGGAGGCCAUAGAGGAGGUUAAGACCAGAACGGUGAGAUCCCCUUACACACCUGAUGAGCCCAAGGAGCCUAUCUGGGUGAUGAGGCAGGACCUGAGCCCCACUGCCGAAUGUGACCUUCAGCCAUCAUUGGGGGGUGACUCUCCUGGUUCAGGCUCGCCCUCUCCUCCAGGAGCAGAGUCCUCCAACAGACACCUGCUGCAGGACGACAGCUUUGAGUCCUCUCCAUCCAGUAAAGAGUCCAGGAGAAGCCUUGCCUCCUUCCCCACAUAUGUAGAAGUCCCAGGCCCGUGUGACCCAGAGGACCUGAUCGAUGGGAUCAUCUUUGCAGCCAACUACCUGGGCUCCACCCAGCUGCUGUCAGAUAAAACCCCAUCCAAGAACAUCCGCAUGAUGCAGGCUCAGGAGGCCGUCAGCCGCAUCAAGACGGCCCAGAAAUUAGCCCAGAACAGGAAGAAGGCCCCUGAAGGUGAACCUCAACCCAUGACAGAGGUGGAUCUCUUCAUCUCCACCCAGAGAAUCAAAGUGCUCAAUGCUGACUCCCAGGACACUAUGAUGGACCACCCUCUGAGGACCAUCUCCUACAUUGCUGACAUCGGUAACAUCGUGGUUCUGAUGGCGCGGCGCAGGAUGCCUCGACCCGACUCCCAGGAGAACGUGGAGGCCUCAGACCCAGGUCAAGACAGCAAGCGGCAGUACAAGAUGAUCUGCCAUGUGUUUGAGUCUGAGGAUGCCCAGCUGAUUGCUCAGUCCAUCGGUCAGGCCUUCAGCGUUGCCUACCAAGAGUUCCUACGGGCCAAUGGCAUCAACCCUGAGGACCUGAGCCAGAAGGAGUACAGUGACCUGCUUAAUACUCAGGACAUGUACAAUGAUGACCUCAUCCACUUCUCCAAGUCUGAGAACUGCAAGGAUGUGUUCAUAGAGAAAGGUAAGGGGGAGAUUCUGGGCGUGGUCAUUGUGGAGAGUGGGUGGGGCUCCAUCCUGCCCACUGUUAUCAUCGCCAACAUGAUGCACGCCGGGCCGGCUGAGAGGUCCGGCAGACUGAACAUAGGAGACCAGAUCAUGUCAAUCAAUGGGACCAGUCUGGUGGGACUGCCGCUGUCCACCUGCCAGAGCAUCAUCAAGGGUCUGAAGAACCAGUCCCGGAUCAAGCUGAACAUUGUCAGAUGUCCCCCGGUCACCACAGUUCUCAUCAGACGGCCAGACCUCCGCUACCAGCUGGGCUUCAGUGUCCAGAAUGGCAUUAUCUGUAGCCUUAUGCGUGGGGGCAUCGCAGAGCGUGGGGGGGUCAGAGUUGGUCACCGCAUCAUUGAGAUCAACAGCCAGAGCGUGGUGGCCACACCCCAUGAGAAAAUAGUUCACAUCCUGUCCAACGCUGUGGGAGAGAUUCACAUGAAGACAAUGCCUGCAGCCAUGUACCGCCUGCUGACCGCCCAGGAGCAGCCUGUUUACAUCUAACAAGACCAAGCCCUGACCUCACUCCCUUUAAACUUCCUGCUGUCACUCCCCAUCAGACCCCAUCAGUCCUCCACCCCUCUGCCCACAGCUGAUGGACCACAGUGAGUUGUUGGUGGGAUCGUACCGUUGCUCAGCCUCGUCUUCAAGUGACAACUUCAAAAUAUUCACUCAGAGCUUUUGACUUUGGCUGGAGUUAUAGUUAGUGAAAGGAAGUCUACACCUGGUGAAUCUUCAGUCUUCACCUGGUGAAUCUUCAGUCUUCACCCGGUGAAUCUUCAGUCUUCACCCGGUGAAUCUUCAGUCUUCACCCGGUGAAUCUUCAGUCUACACCUGGUGAAUCUUCAGUCUAAACCUGGUGAAUCUUCAGUCUACACCUGAUGAAUCUUCAGUUUACACCUGAUCAAUCUUCAGUUUACACCUGGUGAAUCUUCAGUUUACACCUGGUCAAUCUUCAGUUUACACCUGGUCAAUCUUCAGUUUACACCUGGUGAAUCUUCAGUUUACACCUGGUGAAUCUUCAGUCUAAACCUGGUCAAACUUCAGUCUACACCUGAUGAAUCUUCAGUCUACACCUGAUGAAUCUUCAGUCUACACCCACUGAAUCUUCAG